AUGAAGAUCCCCUCCAUUACUUUGCAAUUUUUCUAUCUGAGUUUCCUCUGCGCGAACGCAGUCGAAUCUACGAACAUCGAAUUAGAUCUCAUAUUCCCCCCCAACAAUACAGCAUGGAAAGGCACUUACCCAUUUCCCCUGGUCUUUGCCGUCCGCAACGCAGCCGUCGCUUGGAAUCAUACCUUGCACUUUAGCUAUGAUCUUCUUCCUAUAAACGGUACACCGGCCGUUGUAGAUCGAGGUGGGUUCUUCCCGAGACAAAGUGAUGGGAGUAUCCCUUGGACCAGCGAGCCGCCAUCGGAUACAUUUCUCGUCAUCAACAGCACCAACUUCUUAGUCAACAUCACCAAUACGGCAUUCAUUCUUAGAUGGACUUUUGGAAUAUGGAACAACUGUACGAAGGAGACGCGCCCAAGUAUAUGGUCUCAAGGUGUGAUAGACGGCCACAUCCUCUUCAAUAUCAGCGAGUUUGCACCAAAACCUGAUAUUUCGGCUGCUGUCUGCCCUCAACACUUGCACACUAUGGGAUUUGAGGGCACGGAAGAUUGGAAUCCCCUGGAGUGGGAACAUGGCUGCCCAGUCCUGGCGGAUCCAGCGCCGCAUGGGGAUCCUUGCGGUUUCGCGAUGAAGCAGGAGGAUAUUCGGGAGCAGGUGGAAGCUGAGAUGUCGCGUCGUGCUUCUUGCUCAAAUGGAACCUGGCCAAACAUUACGGGACCAUGCCUGAGUGGAGCCCGGUCUUUUCAAGCUGCAUGUGAGAGGUAUUGGCUCCUUGUAUCUCUAGCCAUUCUCUCUAGUCUUCUACUGGUCCUGGCUUAG